CCCCCCCCCCCCCCACGUAGCUUCCUUCUUGCUGUUCUGGGCCUCCGUCCUAAGGGAGAGUCUCCUGGCUAAAGUCCUUGUGGCUACUGCCUGAAGAUGACCUCUUGGGACCAUCUCCGCCCCCAGGAGCACCCUCAAGGCAUGAGGAGGCCCCCAGGAACUUUGGCUUCUCCAGAACUGAACUCCCCGGACGUCCUGGAUCAGCUCCGGCGGCAGUUUCCCAGGCUCCCCCCUCACCUGACGGCGCAGGUGGAGAGCACGUACCACGCGCUCCAGAAGAUCCGGCAGGGUCUCCAGGAACAUCACAAGCAGGAGGAGGUCUGCGCCCCGGGGCUGUCCAGCUGCAGAGGCUUAGCUGGGACACGUCUGCCCCUCCAGGCAGAAAACUUCCUGCGGACCAUGGAGACCUGGAGUCGACCCCGGGGCUUCCAGCCGGGGGAGGAGCCCUCGAGCCAGGUCUCGGGUGGGCUGGCUGACCGGCACUCCUGGGGGCCCCCCAGCCCCGAGACGUCCCCGCACCCGGCGCUCCCGACCCCGCCGCGCUCCAGUCUCCGGGGGCCGCACUUCGAGGAUGUCGUGGCCGUGAGGUCCUCAGACUGGCUCACGCAGCGCUCGGGGGUGGACGACGCCCCAGCCCACCAGCUGGACACGCCGGCGUCCUGGGACUCGGAGCCCCGGCUCUGGCAGGACGUCCUGACAGAGCAGCUCUGGCAGAUCUUCGCCGGGACCCACAAUAAGGGCGAGCGGCUGCAGCACACACUGACAGAGCAGGCGCCAGGCCUGGAGAGUCAGGACCUGGGACCGCGCUACUCAGGACCGGAACCCCAUAUGGAAGACACUUUGGUUCUCAGCCCACCUGUGCCCUCCCUCAGCUCCCCUGAGGGCUCCCACGAAGGGAGCACAGAGCCAGGCACCGAGGCGGACGGGAUGCUCUCCCGAGUGGCCCAGGAGCCUGCUGGGAGAGCCCGCCCUUUCCUGAAGCCCAUAUGCUGGGACCCUGAGGACUUUGAGGACACGUGGAAGAGACCGGACGCCUUGCCCUGGCAAUCCAAGAAGCGGGCCAUCCCGCACAGAAUGGAGAAGGUGCGGACGCUGGAACACGGGGAGCCCGUGCUGGCCACGGCUGUCAGCAGCUUCGUGCGACACGCCUUCACCUGUGGCAGGGGUGGUGUCAAAGUGUGGAGCCUGGCCAGCCAGGUGGUGGAGGACAGGUAUCCCGAGAGCCACCUGUGUGUACAGACCCGCCGGGCCUACCUGCGCACCUGCCUGCUGUCCUCGGACAGCACGACCCUGCUCGCGGGUGGCCACAACCUGGCCGGCGUGGGCGUGUGGGACCUGACCGCACCUUCCCUGUACGUGAGCGGUGAGCUGCCCUGCGCGGGCCUCACCUGCCAGGCCCUGGCCUCCAAGCCUGAGGACAGCCUGGCCUUGGCUGGUUUCACGGAGGGCACAGUCAGGAUCUGGGACCUACGGGACCAGAGUGUCAUCAGGGACCUGCCGGGCCACCCGAAUGGGGCCAAGAGCAUUGCUGUCAAAGACCAGAACGUCUGGACAGGGGGUCUGGACACCUGUCUGCGGUGCUGGGACCUGAGGGCUGCCAGAGAGCCUCAGGAGUACCAGUUUGAGUCUCAGAUAAUGAGCCUGUCCCCUAGUCCCCAGGAGGACUGGGUGCUGGUGGGCACAGCCAAUGGCCAGCAGUGGCUGCAGCCCACCAGAGGGGGCCAGAAGCACAUGGUGGGGUGUAAGGACGGCACCAUCCUGGGUCUGAAGUUCUCCCCCCUCGGCCAGUGGUGGGUGAGCGUCGGGACGGACGACCUGGUUGGCGUCUAUAGCAUGCCCGCGGGGGCCGUGGAGCUCCAGGUACCCGAGACCUCCUCCAUCCUGUGCUGUGAUGUGUCCCCCAACAACCGCCUGAUUGUCACGGGGUCCAGGGACCACGCCUCUGUGUACCAGGUCACCUACUGAGGGGCUUGGUACCAGCUGUCCUGACUCGGGAUCCUUUUUUUCUUUUUUUUGUCCUUUUCCCCCAGCAAGGUGGAGGCAUAAAGGUGGAGGGGUGUGGUGGGCGAGCCGGGUCUCUUCCGCAUUGCGCAAUGGGGCCGGCGAUCUGUCACAUGUAAUAAAGCAAUUGGAAAUAGCA